AGGCCUCCAGCGCCAGCAACCGUCAUUUGCGAAGAGUUUCUCAAAGUACUGGGCCGCAGCGAAGUCGAACAGCCCAUGAUAUGCCAGCGGAUCUGCGCAAUGCUGCGGCACGUUGCCGCCAUCGAGAUGGCUUCGUCGAUGAAGUUCUGCUCGUCGAAACGCGGGGUCGAGAAUCAUCUCAUAAAGAGCUACUUCAAGAAGCUUACCUUGAUUCAGGAGCUGUCGUGGUCAGGAUCGUCCACUAAAGUUCCGGAGAAGACCGUUAGGGAGCUCGACAAACUGCCGCCCACAGCAGGAUAUGGCGGGGACCAGGACCUGAUCGAUAUCCCGGUCUAUUUUCACGACCCCGAAUACAGCGAAGAGGAUAAAGAUGCUCUGAAACGCCUGUCUGAAAUCUUCAGGAUGGCCCAUCUGCCGCCUAUCCAGGUGGUCGAUGCCGCGGAGCAGGACGGUGAGCUAACUGUGGACGAACACACGCUGGAACACGCACCACCAGCUAACUGCAGCAGCAAAGUGGACGCAGAUCGCGUCGGCUCCAUCCUCCGCGGCUACGAGGAAUUCAAACUCGAUCGUAGGAGGGCGCCACACACAGUAGGUCCAUCGCACAUGUACAUCCGCAAGGAUAUUGUCGAGCAGACCGAAAAGGAGGGCAUCGUGCCGCCGUAUCCCGUCAACUUUCCACAUGAUUAUCCAUACCCGCAUAGAAGCUGGUAUCUGGACAAGUUGAAGAAGAAGGGA